AUGAAAUAUGCUGCAUUAUAUCAGUGACUGUCCGAGGUUAAGCACAAUUUAAUAAGUUAUAAUAAUAACUUCCAAAUAAGAUGUCCGGGGCGACAAAUACCGAGAUUCAAAUCAUUUUCAAAAGGUUUGGCUCAAUCGUGCCACAUUUACCCGUACCUAGGGGAGAGAUUACAGCCAGCGUUGAGAGCAAAUGGAUGGAUGUCAUGCGAGAAAAUGGGAUCGAGUUUAACCCUAAGAGUAGAUACGUGGUCAACAUUAAGGCUAAGAAGGAUGCACCGGCUGUACGUGAGUCGCGAAGUGGGAGAAGCACAAGAAUCCGGGAAGACGCUGCAGCGGUUAAUUUGACUGAAACGGAACAGCCCUUAACAGCCCAACGGAAUUUGAUCGCAGAGGACGCAGAAACCGUGAUUGUUCCAAGAAAAAAUACAGCUAGUGAAGAAGCCCAGCCACUUUUUGGGCAAAUUGCUACAUCCUCAACUUCCAUCAGAAGGCCCGCGUUUUUACCAGGGGAUGAAACCACCAACCAGGGUAAUGUGAUUAAAGAGGGAGAAGUUCAAGUUAGUGGACUUGUAAGGGCGGGAUUUGCACGAAUUAGCAACAGGGAUGUGAGCUAAAAAUGUCAUUGUUUAUGAUUUAACUUUUAACUAUUAUUUAUUUAGAUGCUGGACAUUUGGAAGGAGGUUAGGACGGUAAGGGAUAUGGAAAAAUUUAGCGCGAUAACUCGACUCAUGCCGUUCACUGCUGGAACCAUACGAUCCGUAUUUUUAGAUGGGUUGCAGAGUUUAGAGAAAGAUGAUAUCCAAAAAUAAUUAAAACAUUUUGAUGAAAAGGUUCAUAUGGUAUUUAAAAUUUUGGUGUAAAUUAUACAUACAUACAUACAUACAUAGGUUGUCACUUAUAUAAGUAAUAUCUUAUUAAUAUUGUCCCUUAGUAAAUUUCAGCUCAGAUAAUUAAAAAAUUAAUUUGUUCAUUUAAAUAGCAAAUGUAAACUAAAAUUGGAAUGUUUGUUCAGCCCUGUGGAUUAAAUUUUUUUCAGCGUUCGUCGACAUUGUAUAAGGAAUAUGAAAUUGGCAAAAAUGUUUGCUGAUAAAGUGUUAUUUUGUAAAUUAUCCCAGAAUAAUUAAACAUUAAGUUAUCGGUGA